GAUCCGAAGAGAUAUCCGGACUAUUACUUACAAAACUUUCACUACCAAACCGAUGGGUGGUUGAGCGCGCAGAGCGCGCGAUUGUACGACUUCCAAGUUGAGAUGCUGUUUUUGGGAUCCGCCGACGCCAUGCGUCGUCGGGCGUUGCCGUACAUCGCUGAUUUCAUGCGCAAUCGCGACGCGAGCACGACGAAGCACUUGGAUGUGGCGUCUGGCACCGGACGUUUUUUGUCUUUCGUGCGCGAUAACCACCCCGAGUUGCAAAGUACGGCGCUCGAGCUGUCUCCGCACUACCUCGAGUCCACGCGCAAAUUGAACAAGCGUUUCGAAGGCAAGGGCGGUAGCCUGCGCCUCGUUGAAGCGAACGCGGAAGACAUGCCUCUCGAGGACAACGAAUUCGACAUGAUCACCAACGUCUACCUCUUCCACGAGCUUCCGCGCGCGGUUCGCAUGACGGUGGCCAAGGAAAUGGCGCGCGUGUUGAAGCCGGGCGGCAAGCUUUUCUUCGUCGAUAGCGUGCAAAUUGGCGAUGGUAAAGAAAAUGGGAUGGAAGGCGCGUUCGAGCUCGCCCUCGAUCGUUUCCCUGCGUUCAACCAUGAACCGUACUACAAGGAUUAUGCGGUGACGAACUUGGUCGAGCUCUUUGAAGAAGCCGGUUUGCGUCACGAAGCCACCGCCACGGCGUGGGUUUCGAAGACCAUGGUCUUUUCCAAGCCA